GACUGGGAAAGGGGGCAGGAGGAACAAGCUUUUCCAAAAAAGUAUUGGCUGUCCUGAGGAAUGCGGUCGCCCCCCUGGGAAAGUACAUAUCAGAGAGCAGCAGGCAGCUCCGCGCUCGCACUCCGUCUCGGCCACCCCACAGCGCUCGUGUCUUCGCUCCUUACGCUGCCUAAGGGCCCCUCGCCACCGCCACCAUGGACGCCAUCAAGAAGAAGAUGCAGAUGCUGAAGCUCGACAAAGAGAACGCCUUGGAUCGAGCUGAGCAGGCGGAGGCUGACAAGAAGGCGGCGGAAGACCGGAGCAAGCAGCUCGAGGAGGACAUCGCAGCGAAAGAGAAGCUGCUGCGGGCGUCGGAGGACGAGCGGGACCGGGUGCUGGAGGAGCUGCACAAGGCAGAGGACAGCCUCCUGGCUGCCGACGAGACCGCCGCCAAGGCUGAAGCUGAUGUAGCUUCUCUGAACAGACGCAUCCAGCUGGUAGAGGAGGAGUUGGAUCGAGCUCAGGAGCGUCUGGCCACAGCCCUGCAGAAGCUGGAGGAGGCUGAGAAGGCCGCAGACGAGAGUGAGAGAGGCAUGAAAGUCAUUGAAAGCCGAGCCCAAAAGGAUGAAGAGAAGAUGGAAAUUCAGGAGAUCCAGCUGAAAGAGGCCAAGCACAUUGCUGAAGAUGCUGACCGCAAGUAUGAAGAGGUGGCCCGUAAGCUGGUCAUCAUUGAAAGUGACCUGGAACGUGCAGAGGAGCGGGCUGAGCUCUCGGAAGGCCAAGUUCGACAGCUGGAGGAACAAUUAAGAAUAAUGGAUCAGACCUUGAAAGCAUUAAUGGCUGCCGAGGAUAAGUACUCGCAGAAGGAGGACAAAUAUGAGGAGGAGAUCAAGGUUCUUUCUGACAAGCUGAAGGAGGCUGAGACCCGGGCUGAGUUUGCAGAGAGAUCAGUCACUAAAUUGGAGAAAAGCAUCGAUGACUUAGAAGAUCAACUCUACCAUCAACUCGAGCAAAACCGCCGCCUAACUAACGAACUAAAGCUGGCCCUGAAUGAGGAUUAAAAACUUGGGCCGAGUUCUAGGAAUGGAGCCCAUGUUCAGGAAAUCGAUGACUCAUGGGGUUGAAAACGUCACUCCCUGCAGAAAUGGGAAGGGAAGGAAGGCAUUGGUUGGAAGGCCCGCCUUGCCUCAUUUUCCUCUGUAUGUCUCAGUUAGAUUCUCAUUAACCCCAAAAGUUUUUAUGAUAUAUUAUGUAUAUGUGAAAAUAUUUAUACCAGUUCAGCCCUUCCUGCAUCAACAGGUCCACUUUGAACUGACUGAUAAUGAGGACCCUUCCCCUACCCCCACCAAAAAAAAAAAAAAAAAAAAAAAAACACCCCUUUUUUUCUAUUUCCUCUAAAUAGCUGAGUCCUGCUUUAAAUAUCGAUUACAAAUUUAUAUUCCUAACAUCUUCAUAACAUAUCUGUGAGUCCUGCUUUAAAUAUCUAUUACAAAUUUGUAUUCCUAACAUCUUCAUGACGUGUCUGUGAGUCCUGCUUUAAAUAUCUAUUACAAAGUUGUAUUCCUAACAUCUUCAUGACAUGUCUAGUGUUUGAAAUGCGAUUCAGUGUACCUAUGCUUGGGCAAAAUAGCUUUUGGAAACAGGAGUUCCUAUCAGAAGCCCCUGGUCGAAAGGUAGGCUUUGUUCAGAUUAACGGUGUUUGAAUCUGAUGGGUGAUAUGCUAAUAUGUAGGAUACUAUAAAAAUACUAAGGGAAUGUCCUAAUGAAGUGUGCAUGAGAUGUGUUAAUAACCGUUUGUGAGCAGUAGAAAUAAACCAUUUAAAAAGCGGUCAGAAACCUAUUUUAUGUCAUCUUUGUUUCUGUGAGGUCGUACAGCUACCAGAUCUUUAACUGCCUGUAACUCAGAAUCCUGUGCUGGUAUUAACUUGAGUUUGUGUAACAAUGCUGUACCUGUAUUUGGUUUUUACCCCUCCCUUGUUCCCACAGCACGCAGUGGGUGAGCCUUCACCAAACACACCCUGCACUUGAAGUCAGGGUGGGUCGAUGGUGGAGGUGCACCCAGGGCCUUGUCUGGAGAUGAGUGACGUCUUAAGCAUGGGGAGGGCUGCUUCUCUUCUGUGUGUGAUUGAUGUUUGCUUCCUAAAUGUACAAACCACUGCCGAGUCUGACAUGCAGCUAUUCAUGACUUAAUUUUCUAAUCCCAUCACAGAGAAAGUGGCCCAUGCCAAAGAAGAAAACCUUAGUAUGCACCAGAUGCUGGACCAGACCUUACUGGAGCUAAACAACAUGUGAAAACCUCCUUGGCCUCCGCGGCCACAUUCUUUCAUUUCCCUAUCAUUGUUUUAGUUUGUUUUUAAACACCUGCUUACCAGGAAACUCCUUCGAUGCAUUUUUAUAUACUUUUAACCACUGUCACUGAAACAUCUGCAGAGAACCAGCUAGGGCAGGGGGUGGGGAAAGACACACAGAAGGGCAAACCCACGUUGGGUCUCUGAUCAUUUAAACGUGCCAUUUCCCAGGUUGACAUUGCCACACUUCAUAGCGUUUCAGCAUGCGGUUUGCUUAGCCAGGUAGGAAGCCUCACAAGAGUAGAAAGCUUUCUAGCCAGAAUGCCAAGGUGGAGCCACUGAGAAGAUUGAUGUUGGAGACGAUCAGGUGUGGAUCGGUGCUACUUUAAACAAAAGGACCCCUGCGGGUCUUUUGUUCAAUAUUACGCAAUUUAGAUUUCUGUCCAACACUAAUUUAUUUUGUUUUGAGUUUGACUGCAAGAUAAGACUGUGGGUUUCUUAGGCCUGUGUUCAUUAAAGCCAAGGGUCUGAAAGGCACACUGGUCUUUUAAGAGUCCCAUUCCUUCCCAGCUGGACACACUUGCAGGCCCUUCCAGCUCAGCAGGGAGAGCAUUCAAUGAGGAUUGCCCCUCUUUUCAGCUUUCCAUGUCAGGGUAAAAGAUCUAGGCACUACAUACAUAAUUGGUAAAGAAAUGGCAUUUUCUUAAGAGUUAUAACUAUAUGUAAACAUUGUAUAAUGAUAUGGAAUAAAAUGCACAUUGUAGGACAUUUUCUAAA